GUUCGAAAUUGGCUUUUGAAGGAAGCUGACGUGCAAAAAAGUUAGAGUCAAAUAACGGUAGUCAUGGCAACGGAUAAUCUCACUGCUGUCCUUUAUGGAAUCGAGGACCUCCGCCUGGAGCAACGCCCCAUUCCGGAAAUCGCUGAUGAUGAGGUUCUUUUGGCUAUGGAUAGUGUCGGCAUAUGUGGAUCCGAUGUUCACUACCUUGCCCAUGGACGCAUUGGUGAUUUCGUGCUAACCAAGCCCAUGAUCAUUGGCCACGAGGCUGCCGGCGUGGUGACCAAGCUGGGCAAAAAGGUGACCAACCUGAAGGUCGGCGAUCGAGUUGCCAUCGAGCCAGGAGUACCCUGCCGUUACUGUGACCAUUGCAAGCAGGGUCAGUAUAAUUUGUGCGCUGGAAUGGUCUUCUGCGCCACUCCCCCCUAUGACGGAAAUCUCACUCGCUACUACAAACACGCUGCGGAUUUCUGCUUCAAGCUACCGGACCAUGUCAGCAUGGAGGAGGCUGCACUCCUGGAACCCCUCUCCGUAGGAGUGCAUGCCUGCCGUCGUGCUGGCGUGACUUUGGGAUCCAAGGUGCUGAUUCUCGGCGCUGGUCCCAUAGGCUUGGUUACUCUGCUGGCGGCUCAAGCCAUGGGUGCUUCCGAGAUUCUUAUCACUGACCUGGUGCAGCAGCGCCUGGACGUGGCCAAGGAGCUGGGUGCUACGUACACUCUUCUCCUCCAAAAGGAUCAAACCGCCGAGGAGACCGUCAAGGUGGUGCACCAGACCAUGAGUUCGGCUCCCGACAAAUCCAUCGAUUGCUGCGGAGCUGAGAGCAGCGCUCGCCUGGCCAUCUUUGCUACCAGAUCUGGCGGCGUAGUCGUCGUGGUGGGAAUGGGUGCUCCGGAGGUGAAGCUGCCACUGAUCAACGCCUUGGCCCGUGAAAUCGAUAUCCGUGGCGUCUUCCGUUACUGCAACGACUACUCCGCCGCUUUGGCUUUGGUGGCCUCUGGCAAGGUGAACGUGAAGCGUCUGGUGACGCACCACUUCGACAUCACGGAGACGGCUGACGCUUUUGAGACCUCCCGCCGCGGAUUGGGUGGAGCCAUCAAGGUCAUGAUCCAUGUCCAGCCAAGAGAUACCAAUAAUCCAAUUAAGUUCUAAAUAUACACCCUUAUCUAUACCUAUAA